UAUUAAAAAAAUAUAACUUUUCGGGAGGUUUAAAGUUCGUUCAUUGCGCAUGCCCGCAAUCGACAGCCAUUUUGACUGGAAAUUCAGAACAAAUUUAGUGAUAAACAUUGGAACUAAAGGACAAACUUAUAAAAUGACGACCUUUUGGUUGGGCUAGAGUACCUGAAACAGAUCAGUUUUAAGAUUCUCAUAACAGUAAUUCGAAUGAGGAUCAAAGAACACCAUAAAUUUUUUUUAAACACUGGCAAUUGGCCGUGUACACUUUUGUAAGAGAGAGUGACGAGCGUCAUGCCGUCACUCCCAAAACCUGGUAAUCUUAAAGACCCAGAAGUUGCUGGACUUUUUUGCAAUGAAGAUCCGGAAAGGUUCUUCGAGGAUUUGCGAGAAAUCGGCCAUGGAAGCUUUGGGGCCGUAUAUUUUGCUCGUAAUGUGGCCACCAAGGAAGUUGUGGCCAUCAAAAAGAUGUCUUAUAAUGGAAAGAGCAGCACAGAUAAAUGGCAAGACAUUAUAAAAGAAGUGAAAUUUUUGCGUCAGUUGAAACACAAAAAUACCAUUGAAUACAAAGGUUGCUACCUUAAAGAGCAUACAGCAUGGCUUGUGAUGGAGUAUUGCUUAGGUUCAGCAUCAGACAUAAUAGAAGUUCACAAAAAGCCACUAAGAGAAGUGGAGAUAUCAGCUAUAUGUCAAGAUGCUUUAGAAGGACUGGCCUAUCUCCAUAGUCAGUCUAAGAUUCACAGAGACGUCAAGGCAGGAAAUAUUUUACUUACAGAAAAUGGAACAGUUAAAUUAGCUGAUUUCGGUUCAGCUUCCUUCAUCUCUCCUGCCAACUCAUUUGUGGGCACUCCUUAUUGGAUGGCUCCAGAAGUCAUAUUGGCCAUGGAUGAGGGGCAGUAUGAUGAUAAGGCAGAUAUCUGGUCGCUUGGCAUCACAUGUAUAGAGAUGGCUGAGCGUAAGCCACCCCUCUUCAAUAUGAAUGCCAUGAGUGCUCUCUAUCACAUUGCACAGAAUGAUUCACCAACAUUAUCAGGUGGUGACUGGCAAGAUGAGUUUCAUAAUUUUGUUGAUGCUUGUCUACAAAAGAUUCCUAAAGAUAGACCCUCUGCCACUCAGUUAUUGUUGCAUCCAUUUGUCCGCAAGACUCGACGAUCAGAUGUAAUACUAGAACUAAUUCAAAGGACAAAAGAGGCAGUUAAACAACUAGACAAUCUUCAGUAUCGACGACUCAAUAAAUUAAUUAUGAAUGGUGAAGGCAAUGAUGAAAGCUUGCUGGAAGGUUCUAGAGCAGAUGAAGCAAUCAUUCCAGAUGACAAUUCAUCACUGGAUGAUGAAAGCAAGUCUGACAGUCUGCCUAGUCAGCACAGUAACACAGCCAGUAGCCAGAGUAGUGUUGCUAGCCAGCCCAGCCAGAAUGAUGACCCUAUAUCCUUUGGAUUACCUAGACAGUCACCUGUGACAGUUCAGUUGCGUUUACAGGGCAGUGGAGGUGGUGGUGGUGGUUUUGAGUGGCCCUCUUUUCCUCAUCGGAGUGCCUCCUACAGCCCUUAUCUGGCUUCAAAGGCUUCUGGUGGUAGCCCUAGAGGUUUUGAUCCUAAUAUAGCCAGCAACUUUGCAACCAUUCGUACUACCUCCAUAGUCCAGAAACAAAUCAAAGAGCAUGAAAGAACUAAUGACUACAGAAACUUCACCGUAUAUAAAAGAUUGAGGAAAACUCACCAAAAGGAGUUGCAGAGUAUGGAGUCAAGGUUUAAAGCUGAAAUGGAUGAACACAAACAGAAGUUAGACAGAGAGUAUGAUAAUUUGAGGCAGCGCUUUUUACGUGAACUGGAUAAGCUCAAAAUUCAGCACACAAAUGAGUUGGACAAACAGUCAAAAGGUAGUCAGGCUCAAGAAAAAAAGUUUCUGCGAGAUGUCCAGCAGAAUCAUGACACAGAAAGGAAAAGUUUAGCUGAACAGAUGAAGAAAAAUUACAAAUCUGAUAAGGAAAAGAUCAAAAAGCAGAACUUGGACACAGGUACCCCUAGAAAAGAAAGAGAGGAUGCCAUGAAAUCUUUCAAAGAUGCUCUGACACGAAAAAAGAGGGAUGCUGAAUUCCGUCUAGAGAAGCAUCAGAAGGAUACUUUAGAACUUAACCUUCGGUCUUUCAAACGCAGAAAACUUCUGCAGUACCAUAAACUUGAGCAAAAAUUAUUGCUUGAGGAAAUAGGCCAGAGGCGAGCACAGUUGGAGUAUGAACAUUCUAUGCUCGUACGUCAUCAUGAAUCUACUCAGGACUUGGAGUACAAGCAUCUGGCUGCACUUCAGAAAAUGAAAGAUGAACAGCUGAAAAAGCAGCAUGAGACAGAGCGAGAGAACCAGACAGCUUACAACCAGUUUGCUGAAGGGGAACUCAGAAAGAAGCAUGCUCUGGAAGUCAAACAGCAACCAAGAAGUCUUAGAGCCAAAGAAGUUCAAAUCCGUAAACAAUUUAAUGAAGCUGUUAAAACUCAACAGCGUCAGUAUAAGGCCCUAAAAGAUCAUAUACUACAGAAUACUCCUAAAAAUGAACAGAAAACUGUGGUCAAAAAGUUAAAAGAAGAACAGAUGAGGAAGUUGGCAGCUCUUGGUGAUCAGUAUGAAGCCAGCAUUGCAGAAAUGUUGCAGCAACAAAAUGUAAGACUUGAUGAAACGCAGUUGGCUGAUGCCAAUGAAUUAAAGAACAGAUUGCAGCAAGAGCUUGAGCUGCUCAUAGCCUACCAGAGCAAGCUCAAGAUGCAAGCUGAGGCCCAACAUCAACGGGAAAGGAAACUUUUAGAGGAGCGUGUCUCUCUAAGGCGAGCAUUAUUAGAACAAAAGAUGGAGGAAGAGCGUGCCCAUUUUGAUAGGGAUGAGCAGGACAAGUGUAGGGCUCUCCAGGUUAGGCACAGAGAGGAAUUAGAAACAUUUGACAUUGAGACAACUCGAAUGGGGCUCAACACACUAGAGGUGACUCAUCUAUCUGAGGAGCAGGUGGACGAUGACAUCAGCAUACGUGGCAGCAUGCUCAGCUUGAGUGGGAGCUCAUCCAGCAAUUCUUUUACAUCACACACACCCUUAUAACAGUAGCUGGCACCUCCUACAGCUCAGCACAUUAUGCUAGACCCAAUCAUUCUUUUCAAUUUGUAUUUCUUAGGUCAACAUCCCUGGCACUUCCACACAUAGAAACUACAGCAUUGUUUUUUUUUCAAUGCUUUCAUAGUAGUAGUUCUAAAAUGAUGGUCAGCUGAUCCCUAUUUUAUUGAAGGCUUUGUAGGAGUUUUUUUUUUUUUUUUUGACUGUCAUGAAAGUAAAAUCCCAAAGUCUUGGGUUCAAGACAAUUAGUUUUAAGAACCUCUUGCCUCAUUUGAACUUCAGUUUUCUUGUCUACUGUUAUAAUGAUAUUGUAUGUCUGUAUAUAAAUAAAUAAUGUAUAAACCUUCACCUCCUCAUCAUGGAAGACCAGAGUAUUAACUGACUCUGACUUUAGGAUGGAUCAAUCAAUGUUGUGUGAAUGGUGGAGUAUACAGAAGUGCUGCUGAAUGAAAGGGUUUUACAAAUGAAUUUUUUUUAAGACAUGACUUAUGUAUGUAAGAACAAUGAGAAAGAGGUCACAUUUUAUUGUACAUGUAAUCUAAAGCAAUGUCAGAAAGUAUGAAUAAAAGAUAAUAAUAAAGGUUUCUAAAAUAAUCUUACCAGAAUAACAACUGCUUGUCUUACUGGACUUCAAAGUUUGUUGCAAGACAAGUUGACAUUUUUAGGAAGGUUUUUAAGUUGGAAGAUUUUAAAUGCAUUCAUUUUUUGUCCUUGUAAGGAAUAAGUUGACUGUAUAGAGCAGCUAGAGGAAAGUGUUUUGUUUGUUGACUCAAGCAAUGACCUGAUGUGACCACAUUGACUUUAUGUCAGUUCAUUGUAUUGAGUUGGAGUGCACAAAUCUGUUGCAUCAUCCCAUGGUGUGUAUGGAAUGUAAUCCAGUAUUUCUACAGUGAUAACCUAGACACUCCAUUUCCUGGAAUUCACUCCCAUUACUUUUGUUAGUGUAUAGCAACCAACAGAAUAACUUUUGAGUUCAAUUUGGUAAGAAAAAUGAAUUUUUUAUAGAACAAAUUAAAUUCAGAAUUGGGAAAAAAAUAUUCAAUGCUACAGGUUAAAAUAAUUUGUAUUCACUAAAUCCUAUUGUUCUUUCAACACACAAAUGGUAUUAAAGCAAUAAGUAGCAAAACCUAAUUUUCACAAACCAUUUUCUAGAUAAUCCUUAUUUUUCAAAAAUGUAUUUUUGUGCCAAAUGUUAAAUUGGUCAACCAGCAUUCUUCUAAAAUUCUCGUCAUAUUGCAGUUCUCUCACCUUAGUCCCAACCAAAACUAGUUUGCCAGUGUUUCUUACACAAUGUUCUACUUAUGACCCAUGUCUGUUUUUUGAGUUUCUAAUUUGGAGCUAUGUGCAUUUGAAUGCUCUGGCCUGUCUACUUCUAAUGGCCCUCACACUUCAUUUCCCUUCCCUUCUGAUUGUAUUCUCAGAUGUUUGAUGAGACAUUGAAUCUGUGCUCUAUAUUCUCAUUAUCCUCAAUGUUUCACUGGCCAAUAGAAGUCUAUGGAUUCCAAUGUUAAAGAUUGAGCACCAUACUUGUCUUUGCAUUAUAAAUAUCUAGUCCAUCUGGACUAGAAGAAAUCUUUGCUAGUAGUUUUGUUUUUGUUUUUUUUAGUGUAGUCUUGAUUUACUUGAUCUCCAGUUAGUUUUCUAUUAGUAUUUCAAGUUCUCUCUUGUGUCCCUGAGACACUAAACGACUUAAUAUAGCUAUUUGACCAUGAACAAAAUGUUCUAGACAUCAAGGAAUGCAGUUGUAAAGAUUUACUAGAGAUCUCAUCAAGACAGUAGAGAUCUCCUCAAGACUCAUUGCUCCUGUUAUGUUUGUUUUGUACUCAUUGUGUUGAUCAUGACAUCACCCAAACAUAAACUGUUUACUUUUUUUUUUUUUUAAUUUGCUUAUAUUUGGUUUUUAAUUUCUCCUUAUAUCCAUACACUUGUAUCCAACCUAUAGGCUUUUUUUGUUGGACUUAUUUCUUGUAUCUUAUAGUGUUUUUUUUGUUACUGUUGGUAUAGUAGUCUCAAAAUGGCUUGUGUGUCCCAUGCUGUGUGAGUCCUUACUUAUCACAUUAUGUCAGAAGUGGUACAUGUCAACUCAGAUGCUGUUAUGUAGCAGGUAGACAGGUAAUGACUGUGCCCACUAGCUAGUAUGACAUUGCUUGGCUAUUUCUUAAUUGACAAUAUGCUGAUUACUUUUACUUCGUUGAAUACUAAUUGAUAUCUAGGCUUCAAAACAUCUCAUUUAACUUGCUAAAUUCAAUAUUACUUAGAGCUAAUAAAUGGUGUUAGUUUGUUGUGAUAAUGGCAAAUUAUUUAGCUCUAAAGAUUUAUUUUACAUUUUCAUUAUAUUAGAAGACACUUUUUGUUUUGUGAUAUGUGAACACAGUUUUGUUCCUGAAAAGGAGUAUUUCAAGUAGUUUGAUUAUUGGUACUUUUACAAAUACUUUUUGUUGAGAAGUCAUUCCCCUUGUUUUGUUUUCUAUUGUAUUUUUGUGUAGGAUAUUUUUCUUGAAAGUGUGAUGAGUCUGUUAAAGUCUCUUCAGGUGAAGCUAGAUUUUAAUGGCAGGACUCUCAGAACUAUGUCUAAGUAGCUCCUCUCACUAGAUUGAAGGAAAUUUUUAUGGGCAAUACUAAAAGGCUUCAUAGCCAAACUCACAAUUCUCAUUGAUAGACAGACCCAUUGUAUGUGUACUGUGGCAGUUGUCUAGGGGUGCCAAGAGUUUGUGAUUUUAAAUAAUGCAUUGCCUAAAAAAAUGUGUUGACCUAGUUCAAGCUAAACUUUUUUUUUUUAUUAUUCUGUGGUUAGUUGAAGAUUUAUUGAAAUCCCCAAUGUUGAAAUGUGUGUGCAGGCAACAUUUGGUUGUAUUUCUUUGUUUUGUUCCCAGUAGGUGUGUGGACCUGUAUUUAUUGAAUGGGUUGCUGCCAGUAUUUCGAAUACAUGAUGGAAUCAACUGAGCAGAAUGAGAAGACUGACCACCAGGGCAUGCUCAGGUGUGAAUGGAAACAUUGUACAGCUAAUGUCCAGACUCUAAAAGAAGUAUAUCUAUUAACUAUCUAUGUACUUUGUAUGACAUUGUUGAAUGUCAAUGUGGCCAAGUCGUAGAGCUCAAUGGGUUUCUAAAGGAUUCUUUUGAAAGAACAAAAUACAUUCUGUUUCCUUGUGUAAGAUAAGCAGAGCUUUUGUUGACUGUGUGUGUGUGGACAUUGGUUUGCCGCUAUGUCAGAUGUCAAGGAAUGGUGUCAGUUUGGUGUAUCUUGCCACAGGAGUCAAUGAGAAAGUGCUUCUGUUAUGUUCCUCUGUAUCUUUUGUGCUGUAUGUACGAUUGGGUUAUUAAUGCUGAUUCAAUGUGGCUGCUAUAGUUCUGAGUGUUGUUGAGAAUGCAGUAUGAUCAAUAUAAAUAUAAUUAUGAAUUAUCCUAACAGUUACAUUGUAUUUCAAUUAAUGGAUUUCAACACACAAAAAAACUAUUUAAAAUAAUAAAAAAAAAUACAAUAAAUAUAA